AUGAUAGAUAAUGAGAUGUUAUAGAGUGUAAUGAAUUAUAAGAAUGUAACAGAGGGUUACUCAUAUAAUGAUUUAAGUUAGUUAAAGAAUUUUAAGACAAUAUUAUCAAGUGAUAAGAUAUAUUUUGGUUAAGUAUUUAAUUAAAAGAGGCAUGGUAAAGGUGUAUUAUUGUAUGGAUAAGGACAUAUAUAUGAAGGUGAAUUUAAUAACAAUAGAAAACAUGGAUAAGGAAUGGAAAUAUUUUAAUAAAAAUAGAGUUAUAGUGGUAAUUAUGUAAAUGGUAGGCCAGAAGGAAUAGGGAAAUUUAUAUGGGGAAAUGGAGAAUAUUAUGAUGGAGAAUGGUUAAAUGGAUGUAAACAUGGUUAUGGAACAUGGAUUGGUAUAAAAGGAGAUAGUUAUAGUGGAUAAUGGGCUUAUGAUAAACCUCAUGGUUAAGGAAUUCAUAAAUGGAUUAAUGGAGAAUAAUAUUAAGGAGAGUUUAAAGAAUGUUUAAAACAUGGUUUUGGAGAAGAAAUAUUUUAAAAUGGCGAUAAAUAUGUUGGAAUGUAUCAAAAUGGUACACCAGAAGGAGAUGGAGAAUAUUUUUAUUAAAGUGGAGCAUAUUUUCAUGGACAAUUUUAAAAUGGAUUAAAAUCAGGUUAUGGAGAAUAUAGAUCUAUUAAUUACACAUAUCAAGGUUAUUAUUUAAAUGAUAAAAAGAAUGGAUAAGGAGAACUAAUCUAUGCAGAUGGUAGUUCAAAAAAAGGAAUAUUUUAUAAUGAUAUAUUUGAAAAUCAAGAAUCAACUAAAUCUACGAUUAUAACAUAACCUAAUACUAAUACUUAACCUAUUUUCGAUAUUCCAAAUACUAAACCACCACUACAUACAUCUUAAACUAAACCUAUUUAAGAAUUUAUAUAACCACAAUUAGUCAAUAAAACAGUUACUAUUAAAAGAAAUCAAUAAUAAUCUAAACUCACAUCAUAACUCAAUAAAUUACCACUUAUGAAUACUAAAAUUCGUAGUAAUUCUUGUAGAUAAUAAGCCUUUGAAACUUAAAGAGUUUUUGAUAAUAACUAUACUAAAAAAAACCAUUUUGUAACUAGUAAUGAAGCUUCUCCUAAAGCAUCAUCUAUUGCUACUCAAACAUUAAUAAAUAAUCAAACCAUAUAUAAAAAUUAAAAUUAAAAAGAAUUCACUUUUAAAUUUGAUAGCACCGUUGGAAAAUUUACUAGCAGAAAUGGAUUAAAAAGAGUUUAGAAAUAGAAACACUAGAAUAUAUCACCUGAAAAGCAAAACUGA